CUCUGCGGAACGGCAAAGUCGAUAUGGCCGUCGAUCACGCGACUCGCGUCGUGACGCUCUCCGUCCUAACGAACGUCGCGAUCGUCAUGAGCAUGGCGAUCGUCGUCUUCUCAUCCCACUCGCUCGCACUCAUCUCCGCGCUCAUGGAGAACAUGGUCGACCUCUUCGUCCAGGGCCUCUUGUGGUACGCCAACUACCAAGCCUCGAAUGCGCCCGACAUGGCCAAGUUCCCCGCCGGCACGUCGCGCUUUGAGCCUAUCCUCGUCGUCUUGUCGGCGACCAUCAUGAGUGUGAUCUCGGUCAUUGUCAUUUACGAGUCGAGUAUGCGCCUCCAUGAUGGCUUCGCGAGUGGCGAGCCGGACGUGGCCGUCAUGUCGACUGCCGCGAUCGCCAUUUGCUCGUGCGCCAUCGCCAUCAAGGUUGGCCUUGUCAUCUACGCUGGCUUUGCGCUGAGGCUAACGCAGUCGAGCUCGGUCAAGGCGAUUCAACAAGACAACAUCAACGACACGGUCUCGAACGCCUUUGCCAUCGUAGUGUAUGUGAUUGCGGCGUCGGACCCGUCGCUGUGGUACAUUGAUCCCGCGGGCGCGAUUCUCAUCUUCCUCGCCAUCCUCGUCAUCUGGGUGCGCACGGCCAAGGAGCAAGUGCUACAACUCGUCGGCGUUUCAGCGUCGCCCGAUUUUAUCGACGUCGUCAAGGAGCUCUGUGAGAACCACCACGCGAGCUUCGCGCUGGACAUCAUCCGCGCCUACCACUUUGGCAACAAAUACCUCGUCGAGCUCGAGGUCGUAGCGCCCGCUACGAUGACCGUCAAGCAAGCACACGACAUCUCGCUCCAGCUGCAAUUCAAAAUUGAGCAGCUCGAAGACGUCGAGCGCGCGUUCGUCCACGUCGACUACCAAACGCGCGCGUACGACGAGCACGUCGUGUCGCGACUUGCCAACGCCGUCGACCUCUUUGGCGGCGACGGCCAUGAGCUCUCAACGCUGACGCCCCGCCGCUUGGCGACGCCCAAAGCCACCGAGUACGAGCUCGUUCAUGCGUACUAGGCUCGUCACUAAUCUCAUUUUUGUGGUGGCCCCGCAAACGGCAUUUCACAAAGGC